CUGCACGACCCGCUGCCCCGCCCAUGGCCCCGCGCUGAAGAACGCCAUGUCCUCGCCCGCCCGCUCGCCGCCCUCCGCCAUCCCCAGGGCCGUCUCAGUCUCAGACGCCGUCAGGAGAUUCGAGGCCAGGUCGGGGUCAUCCAUACCCACACGAAUCGUCUCCAGCCCAGCAUCCACCUCAGCAGCUCUUCCUGCCCGGACGCCCCCACAUUCGCCUCGCAAGAACCCCUUGCGCAAUUCACCGAGCUCAAAUCGUGGUUCACCCUCAUAUCGACCGCCAUCCGAAGCUGCCCAGCCCGUGGCCAGCACAUCCACUGCUACAAAUCCACCCAAACCACGUGAGCUAGGACUGGGUAGCCCCCGUGAUGAGCGUAGAGCGAGCGAAACAGCUGGAAUCAGGCAGCGAGGCCAGGGGAUCCCAUCUGCCAGCAGGCUGCCGCACAGCGUUAGCCUGCCGCGCGAUGCCAACUUGAUUCAGCCAGAGCCUGAUGACUUUUCGCCCCGCUCAGAGACUUCAUCCCAAUCUGGAUUCGGCUACUCUCCAAGCAGGACAAGGUUGCGGCCUUCAAUAUCCAUAUCUGGCGUUACACCCGAAAGACGUAUGCCACCGCUACGGCGCCGAGCAGAGAAAUCUGAGGGCAUGAUUAGGACUGGAAGUGCAGACCGGAUACUACGUGUCAAAUCGCCACCUUCAUCCACGUCCCGCCAAAGCUCCUUCACCCAAGCCCCAUCACCAGCCGCGUCCAGUCAAUAUUUCACCCCUUCACCCACCACCAAUCCGCUCACAUCGCCUAUGUCAGGUUCAUACGAUGAGGGAGAAAGGACAGACUCAAUAGUGGACGGCUAUUUCAGCCUUGGGGAUGCGAGAAACACGGUCUAUCUCGAUCCACCUGCUAUUUCUCGCCCUCCAAGCGCUACAGAUCCUUACCAGAAACGAGAGGAUGUAGAGCCUGCCGUCAACUCUGAUGCAGUUCCAACUCUCGGCAACGUCGUUCUUCCCUCUGAUCUCUCACGGCAGCUUUCGUCUCGACCUGUUCUUCAUAGUCGGUCGAGCUCGGCUAGCUCCCUAAGCGUCAACGGUACAAGUGGACAUGCUGGGCUACGGAGAGGCUCCUCUGGUAUUGCCUCCCCAUCACUAUCACAAUCAGGUUCACAUUCGCGAAGUAAUUCUCCACUAUCCCACAAUAUUCCCACCACCGUCAUCCAAGAGCCUUCGCCUCGCAAAUCUCCCCGCAAAUCCCCACAACUUCGCAUAAACCCACCUGCACCACCUUCCUCCGCCAAGCUUUUCAAUGCUAUUUCCUCCUUACCAACACCCCCUGUGCCCACGAAGAGCCCGCUACGCAACUUUAGCGGGCGAUCAAGCGCGGUCAGUAGUAGCUCGAGAAGAUCGGGCGGCGAGGGCGAGGAAAGGAGUGAGGCUAGCACGCCACACAAAACGCCUCAAAAGGAUGGAAACCAUGCGCAAGAAAGGGUGAAGAAAGUGGGAUCGAUGGACAGUGUCAUGGCAGUGGCGGGAACACCGUUGUCGGCCGCCACUCGUAUGAGGCGGAUGGCCGACGCCACUACGGUCGAAAGCCCUGUCAAGAGCCCUUUGACGUACUCAUCUCCUUCUGCUAUGACCGAGUCAAAUCGAUCUUCGUAUCUCGCCGAGGUAGAAUCUCCAGUCGGUUACGAAAGUGCUGCUCCACCCAGGUCAUCCCAAGAUGACCGGCGGGGGUCCUCCCAAUCACAAAAUGAGAUUCGUUUCACAAUGCUCACGGCUCCUUCCAUCUAUUCCCAAUCGUCGGCUUCUGGGUCAAAUUACGAGUCUGGACCUGGCUCGGCCAAGAGCUGGGGUACGGAAGGCACUACGACACCGCGUUCAGCGGAGAGCCGCUUCUUCACGGCGUCUACAUCAUCUAAUCCGCAACCCUCAUCCAGUGGCAAACUGGGGACAGAGCGACCAAAUGGCCACGAGAUUCAAAAGAGAAGGCCACUCUCCGGGGUGAUGGACCAUAUUCAUGUUGGGGGCUGGGGCAAGAAGAAGGAAGAUAAAGAAAAGGGGAAAGAAAGUGGAAAGCAGAGACGGUUCAGUAAUGGAAGCGAGAAGGGCCAUCGCAGGUCUUCAUCGCUCCCCAGGCCAAGCUUUAGUAUGUCGUCCGACAACGACUCGCCGUACGCCAACAGACCUUCAUUCGAGACGAGGCCCUCUUUUGAGUCAAGGCCUUCGUUCGAGACACGGCCCUCAUUUGAGAAAAGAGCCUCGUUUGGAACACCAAACAAUUCUUCCCGUCAUCUCCCGCCUACCACCUCGACACCUCUGGCGUCUAUCCCUCAAGAACGGUCGCCUGCGAAGAGCCCUUCGCUUCCUAUCCUUCGUGAUCCAUCAUUCCCUACUAUCGCCACUCCCACAGGCGCUGCUACGGGCUUGGGGAAGAAACGCGCGGAGACAUCAAAAGAACCUCUCUCAUCUCUGCUUUCAGGGACUCAAACGGCCAAGUCGAAACGGAGCCAUGUGUUGAAAGAGAUCGCCGAGAGUGAGAGGGCAUACGCGAAAGAUCUGGCACUUGUCCGAGAUGCCUUCAUGAUGCCCCUGAAUCUCCAAAUAGGUGGUGCACGACCUGAUAGCAUGGUGUCUUUCUCGUCCUCGACAUCUUCAGGUGGUAGCCUUACUCCCGGGACGCCUUCGACAACUGCUCGCCCUGGACAUUCCAAGAGAAGUUCAAUCUACACGUAUCAGACUGCCGAGACCAGCCGGUCAAGCACGGCCAGCGCGGGAGGCCCGCCGAGCGCCACCAGCAUCCCCAAGAGCCCUUCCGAGGGUUUCAACAUGGGUCACUUUUCCAACAAGGCAAAAUCACGCGAAUCUCUAGUCUCAUCUAACGCGCCCAACCAAGCCGUAAGAACAUCAGGCAUUAUGGCCCCACCGGUGGGUAAGCCAUUGUCGCCGGCAGAUAUCAAAGCAGUGUUCUUGAACCUGGAUCACCUGGCGGCGGUGGCGGAUGAGCUGGCGACAAGGUUCGAGGAGGCAUUGGGGAGGGAGGAAGAUGUGGAAGAAGGAGCAGGCAAAAGAGAGGGUGAGAAAGGGGAUGACAGGUUGGGGCAAGUGUUUGUCGCCAUGGUGCCCAAGUUGAGACCGCUGUACAACUAUUAUUGUUCCCGUCAGCCUUCGGCUUCUCGACAUCUACAGACUUUACUAUCCUCCCCACUCUACGCUCUCCACCUCAAAGCCCAAUGGGCAGUCAUCUCACCGCACACCCAUGCCUGGAAUCUCGAUUCCAUGCUCAUCAAACCUGUCCAGCGUUUGACAAAGUACCCUCUCUUGUUUGAGGAUCUGGGCAAGGUAACGACGCCUGUACAUGGAGACUACUUUGGGAUCAGAGAAGCUGGGAUCGAAUCGAGAAAAUUGGCUGCAGAGGUUGACGAAGGGCGGAGGAGAAAAGAGGUGGUCGAGAUGGCACUUAGUAAUGGUCCAGCGGUGAAAAAACCGGUUGGCACAGACAAGAAGGAGGCAAAGCCGCAAGGCUCAAAACUCUUGGGGCUCAAGCGCUUCAAGAAAAGCUCGGUCACUGCUUCUGCUUCCUCUACAACAUUGGCAUCCGCAUCUACAGGCCCAACGGCACCACCAUCUCUGUUAUCAGACUCCUCUCUCCAUACUCUCAAGGCUCAUCAAGCACGUCUCCAGAUAUUCAACACGUCUCUCAAAACACUUGGGCAGGAUAUACUUCUCUGGACUGCCUCCGCCAAGGAAGUUUUGAGAGCAGAGAAUGCCGUGCUAAGAGCAUGGGAUCAUGUGGGACGACUGGAAGAGGGAGAUAGGGCAGAUCAUAGGGUGUUGGAAAUGAGGAAUGUUGUGGAUGGGUUGGUAGAUGGAGCUUGGUCUGAGCUGAGCGUCGAAAUCAAGACUCAGAUCCUUCCCAUUCUCUCUACGCUACUCAAGUCCAUGUCGAACCCCUCAAAAGUUCUCACCAAACGUUCAUCAUUGCAUGCCGACUACACGAAAUAUCACUCCCAUUCUUCGGCGCCGUUGACUAAGAAGCUUGUGGCCCUUGAGCCCAAUGUAGUCAAAAACGCCCAAGAAUUUGUAGCUCUUCAUGAGCAGCUUUUGGAAGAACUUCCUGCCUUUUUGGAAGGGUGUAUGAGGAUACUAGACAUUGCUGUUGUAGGAUUUGCCAACGCCCAAGCCCGAUACUUUUCCAACAUCCGCGUGAGGGUGCGGGAAUUCUGCUUGGUCUGGGUAAAAUCGCCUAUCGGUGUGGGGAUCUAUGAGGGCGCCGAUGGCAUAAGGUCAUCGGAUGAGCAGAUGACUGGAGACGACCUUGAGAAGGCGUGGUACGAGUGCUGGAAGGGGUGUGCUGCUGCUUUGGACAAAUUCCAGUGCACUCAGUCUUCAUAUAAACCACCAAACCUGGAUGCCCGAAUGGGUCUGAAUCGACCACGGAGCAGAACUACGUCCCUCACAAACUCAACAGAUCUUCCUUCUCCUACUCUUCGACACUCUGCAUCGACAAACAAUGCCCUUUCUUCGCCCACCAGUUCAUUCUUUGGUUCAGGACGUGGAGACGACCGACUGUCGGGCGCGGCAAGUUCUUCCGGCUCGGCUGGCGCGUCUUUCAUCGUCACAAGCCCAGGAGGCAAAGAGGACAAGAGGGAAAGCGGUGGCUCGAGGUUCAAGCUCCUCCGCCGAUCCAACUCCAAGUCAGCCGUGCCACAAUUGACGACACCUUCAAAGCCCACUCACACUCGACAAGGCAGCGGGUUGAGGCCUUCGUCUGCGACAAGUGAAAGUUCGAGACACUCUUGGGGUCUGCCACAGAUCCCAAACACGACAAGUGAAGGCUUCAAGGGUCUAGGUCUUUCACCUACAAACUCGCUCACGGUGUCGCCCAGGCAGUCGCCCCGUCCUCCCCAAUUCGCGGGUGCUGCCGAACCACCUAGUCCAUCUUUGACGAACGGCAGUCUUGUGAGCCCGAACCCGAGCUUUGGUUUCGGUCCAAGCGGAAGAACACCCGAAUUUGGCAAGACACCAGAAAUGGGCACACCGAGGAGUGGGAUCAGCGCGUACUUUACGUCUCGUACGCCAGACCUUAACAUGCUUUCUGGUGACAGGCAUCCUUAUUCGCGCGGCGGGGCAACGGCCUCAGAGGUCUCUCUUGGUAGCCUCACCGGCUUGGGUAUAGGAGAUGUCCCGAUGCCCAUGAGAAGUCCUGGGAGGAGGGGCUCGGGGCAUCCGUUUGCCAGUCCUACCUUGCCUCCUGGGGCCGCUGAGCCGGGGGACGUAUCUGAUGGGUGGAGGGACGAGCCGAUGCUGUAUCAAUGUGCCUGCGUGGCGGAUUUCGAUCCCAUGGAACUGGGCAAUAGACGUUACAGAGGUUUAAAGUUCUUGCGGAUGCUACCGGGAGAUCUCAUCGAUAUCCUGCAUGAAGUAGGCCGUAUCGAGGAUCUACCACUGUUCCCCUAUCCUGGCGUGGGUGUCGAGAAUGACGGGGUGCUUGUAGGGAAGGGCGAAGAUGGCGAGAUUGGGUUGGUGAUCUGUAGCUUCUUGGAGCCGCUGCGGGACUGAGGGUGUAUAAAUCUAUACUAUAUGAGAAGUGGGAUCUCAUUUCUGGGCACAAGUAUAAUAUCAGGUUGUAGCACCUAUCUUGUAUGCAUCUUGCAGCAUCUGAGAC